AUGCAGUUCACUACUGCACUGGUGGUAGCAUUCACGUGGACUCCUGAGCUGUCGCUGGCUGAGGCCGGCAAGUGUGCUCCAGAAAGAGCCGAGGAAGCUUGGGGAGGACGUGUGUCUCUGGCGCGGGGGGCGUCCCUGGUGGUGGACAGGCUGACACUGGAGGACGAGGGCUGGUUCGAGUGUCGUAUCCUCCUGCUGGACAGAACCUCAGACGAGUUCAGGAAUGGCACGUGGACCUUCCUCUCCAUCGCCGCUCCUCCAGUGUUUUUAAGGACACCCCCGGCUUUUCUAGAGGUCUUACUCGGGGAAUCUCUCACCCUCAGCUGUGGCGCCCAUGGCAGCCCCAUGCCCACUGUCACCUGGAGAAAGGAUGGUGGCAAAGUGGAGUCACAUGACAAGAUCCAGGUAGUCAAUGCAUCCUUGUGUUUGACUGGCGUUACCAGGGAGAUGGCAGGAGUAUACAAGUGUCAUGUAUCCAACUCUGAGGGAAACCUGACCCAUAUUACCCAGCUGCAGGUUAAAGGUCCUCCAGUCAUUAUCGUUCCCCCAGAAGACACCACCAUGAAUAUGUCCCAGGAUGCAUUUCUGCAGUGCCGAGCAGAUGCAUACCCAUCCAACCUCACAUAUGAAUGGUGGAAAGAAGGAGAGAAUGUCUAUCAUAUUGAAUCUCUGAAGUUACGAGUGAAGGUCCUAGUGGAUGGCACCCUCGUAAUCCCUAGUGUAAUCCCAGAAGACUCGGGAAACUACACCUGUAUACCCACCAAUGGCCUUCUAACUCCACCCUCCGCCACUGCCCACCUCAAAGUGAAACACCCUGCACGGGUGGUGCGGAUGCCUGGGGAGACCUACCUCCCUGUGGGCAUGGGCGGGACGGUUGUGUGUCCAGUCCAAGCUGAGCCCCCCAUGCUGUUUGUGAACUGGACCAAAGAUGGACUCUCACUGGACCUAGCCCAGUACCCAGGGUGGACGGUCAAUUCAGAGGGCUCCGUGUUCAUAGCCAUAGCCAAUGAUGACGCAGUAGGCACGUACACCUGCACUGCCUACAACAGCUAUGGGACCAUGGGCCAAUCCGAACCCACCAAAGUUAUCCUGGAGGAUCCCCCCUCUUUUCAGGUGGCCCCCAGGAGUGAGUACCUGCAGGAGGUGGGUAGAGACCUAAUGAUUCCCUGCCAAGCAUUUGGAGACCCAUCUCCUAAUAUCACCUGGGUCAAAGUUGCUGCUGAUCCUCGCUCUCCAUAUGCCAUCUUAUCCAAUGGUUCUCUGGUCCUGCGUCCUCUAAGCAAAGACCACCAUGGUGCUUGGGAAUGCCGUGCCACCAACCGUGUGGCCACUGUCAGCAUACGCACCAUGGUGUUAGUGCUAGGCACAAGUCCCCAUGUUGUCACUGGGGUCUCUGUGGAUCCAGGGAUGAACCAUGCCAAUGUGUCCUGGGAGCCUGGAUUUGAUGGAGGAUAUACUCAGAUGUUUACCAUCUGGGUGAAGCCCACUGCCAGGGGAGAGCAUGAAUGGGUCUCUCUCCCUGUGCCCGCAUCUAAAUCCAGCCUCCUUGUAACGGAUCUCCGGGCUGAUACCAGUUACCAGUUCAGCAUUCUGCCUCAGAACAAGCUGGGAUCUGGCCCGUUCAGUGAGAUCGUCACCACCAGGACACGGGGUCUGCCAACAGAUCCACCCACUAUAGUAACCACAUUCACAGCACUACUCCCUCCCACCUCUCUGUCAAUCAACCGCACAGUGGUGGGGGUGCUGCUGCAGUGGACCGCACCCCCUCAUGAGUCACCUCCAAUCACGGCCUUUGUCCUCCAGGCGAGGCAGGAAAAGAGCCAGUGGGUUACGCUUGAUGAAGCAAUCAACAUCAAUGUCACAGAAAUGAUUGUGCAGGGCUUGAUGAAGGACUCUAACUAUGAUCUGCGACUGCUGUCUCGUAGAGACAAAAUGGUCAGUGAGGCCAGUGAUUUCGUCAGUAUCUCCACAAAAGGUAUGGACAUGUACCCAGCUCCCCCCAGCUUGCUGGCCUUUGCUCCUGAGCCCCUGCUAGCCGGCAUGAUCGGAGGUGUGUGCUUCCUGUUUGUGGCGAUCGUCCUGUCACUGAUAGCAGCAUGUGUCGUGAGCCACAGGCGGGAGCGACGCCGCGGGAAGAGACGAGAAGAUAUCCCAUCUGCCUUCCAGAAGAGCUCAUCCCCACAAGCUCGCUUGCCUGCUGACAGCCCUGAUAGUAUGCUGAAGAUGAAACUGUGCCCUCCCCUGAUCUUCUUCCCCACCUCUUCUUCAUCUGACCGCUCAGACCACUCCUCCUUCGAUAAGGGCAGCCGUAGCGAUUACCAGGACCAGAAGAAGCAGCUGCUCUCCUCGUCCUCUCCAACCCCACGCUAUGCUCUCUUUGAGAGCCACCUCGGUUGCUCCCCAGCCCAGACUUCCGCUAUUGAGUCCAUAUCCAGAGGUCCCGAUGGCCGUUUCAUUGUCCAGCCAUACCCAGAGGGUUCAACAUCGAAAGACAUUAAAAAGGAAUUUCCCCAGUCCCCAGGCAUUGGUGGAGAAGGCAACAGUGGCCCUUACAGAGAUUCUCCCAAAUCCAGCCCAUUUAAGUCAGAGAACAAUGCAAGUCAGGAAUCACCUCCAAGGAUGAGUUUGGACUCGGCAGAACCUGAGAGGCUCCCACAGUCCCCAGGCAGGGUAAAGGCCAUGGCCAGAAAUCUCCCCCUGCAUGGCUGCUUUUACACUGAUGAUGAGCAGGGCUGCUCAGAGGCUCUCCUGGAGAAGGCCAGUUUCUACUCAGACUGCAGCGAGAAUAGGUCUCAUGGCUCUUUGAAGAAGUUCUCCCUAACAAGCCAUCAGGAAGACAUCUUCCCCAGCCUAACCAAGGGGGCCCAUGUUUUACCACACCAUGCUGGUUACCAGCCUAUGAACACAGACAGUCAGCUAACCGAACCAAGCACCAUAAUUUCUCAGUUGGGAAGUGAGCAAGAGAGGGACAACCUCGGUAGGUGUCUGAGGUUAGUGAAGGAGCGAGAAGAGAUGGAGAGGGAGCUGGAGGGCUACACCAAAACCCGGAGAGCAGAGGAGCAGGAAAAAGAGCAAAAGCGUGCCGAGUCCCCCAGUCCUCUGCAAAGAUGGGCAGGGCUUGAGUCGGAGGAUCACAUAUGGAAACCUCAGGACAUCCAGCUCCGGCAAAAAACCCAAAGACCUAACAGCCUGACCCAACGAGUUUCAGACUACCGGCGAGGCUGUUAUUUUGGCAACACCAGUAGUCCCAUGGAAAGGCUACUCCCGUCCUCCUCUUCUUGCUUUCAGUGGGAUAUCAGCCCUGUGACCUCACCUACCAACCAAGCAGCUGUACACAGCCUCGCAGGAGGAGAUGCACACCAGACAACGGACACACCUCCGAGAGGGUUGACAGCGGCAGAGAACUCAACGGCGAGAGACUUCUCAAGUUCACAAGUCGCGCAGUACACUUCCUUGUCAGUCCCCUCUCCCAGCAUGGAUAGUUCUUCUCCCUGUGAACCCAUCCUGGCCAAGACGAAGGGCAACUGUUCAGAAAGACCCACAGACAGGGAGCAGGAGCUUUCUUGCUCAAGGACUUUGGCAGAGCAAGACUGGAGGAAGGACAGAGAAAUUGACACACAAGCAGGUGUGUCCAGAUCCUCACGUCCUGCUUCUUCUAGUCCCCAGCCGCCUGAGAUGGAAUCUGAGAGAGGAAGACAUUCUGUGGCAGAAACAACCGCUGAUCACCAUUACCCCAAACAAAACACUCACAGAGAGGAGAUGAAGCUUGAGGGGGGAAGGUUGAGCCACAGUCCUUCCGGUUGCUCCACCCUUCCCUAUGAUCAUCAGAAAACUGUAGCCAAAGUGAAGCUGGGAGAGAGUCAGAGCAAAGCUGGAGACGAGCCCAGUUCCUCAUCCCUGCAGCCUGGGGAACAAAAGGAGGGUGUCAGGACACAGUCCCGCAAGAGCGAUAAAUGUGUCUUCAGUGACAGCCCUAGCUGCAUUUCUCCUUUGUCCUUUCUUGAAAAUGAGGGGGAGAAUGAUCAGUCCAAUCUUUCUGUUGUAAGUUUGUCAGAAUCACUGAAACCCAAGAUUGUUCCACAACAUGCCAGGCUAUCUCCUCUGCAAACGAGUGCUAUCCUGGAGUAUUUGAGCCUGCCAGGCUUCAUUGAGAUGAGUGUAGAUGAACCUAUUGAGGAAAGUCAACCAGCAGAAUCUACCUGGCCCAGCACGGAGCCAGAAAAUUGUGCUCUUUCGAGAGAUGAACCUGAAGUGACCCCUAAGAACUGGGAGUCCCACGGUCAUGGUCAAGACCACUUGAAGGCUAAUGAUAGCCAUCAAAAUAGAGUUUUGGUAGACAGCAAGAUCUCAGUUAUUCCUGUGGGACAUUCUAAAUUAGAAGAUGUGCCUAGUUUGAAGCCCUCUUUAGAGAUUUUAUACAAAGAUUCAGGGUCCUUAAAAAGAAACAUCAAUAUAGCACAAAAUUUAUCUCAUGAAGUAAGGGGUUCUCAGCUAUUGCUCUCUCAAAAGUGCUCAAGUUCAGAUAAACUCCAGUCCACUCAGUUGAACCCUGUACAGACUUUAGUGAGUACUGCUAAGAGUGAGGGAAUAGGAGUUUCUGAUAGCCCCAGUCAAACUGGAAGUUUUGGAGAAUCUUCAUCAGAACAAACUCAAAUAUCUCAAACUCAGGAUAUAAGGACUAACAAAAUAACCUCACGGAUCUCUCAAGCUCCCAUGCCUUUUAUGAAGAAAUCUGUCAGCAUUGGUCCAUGUAGGACACUCUCAGGCAUGGGUCAGCACCAUCCAUUUCUGAAAAAGUCCAUUAGUUUAGGCUCCCAAAAGUGGGAGCAUUACGAAAGCCCUAGGACAUAUGUCUCCGAGACCUGUUACAGAGAUGAGUUUCCCCAUCGAGCUAUAAGGGACAAGUCUUACAGUUUAGGUCACACGUCUGGAGGUUUUUACUUGAGACCUGGUCAUCCAUGGCAUGUGCCAGUGCCCUUUCAACCUCUCAGCAACCUCAAUCUGCAAAGACCUCGCUACAAUGAGAGAUCAAACAUGAUGCCCUCCUACCUCACACAUACACAUGGGCCGCAAGUGCUAGAUCCACCAAAAUUCAUGGAACCCAUUGGACAAGGGUCAGAUCCACGGCGACAGGCCACAAUCUUUCCAGAGUCUUCCAGGUGCCUAUUGUCAUAUCCAGAGACCCUCAGAUCAGUCCAACACAAGUAUGUCCCACUGGAUCACACUCAGCCAUUUGGCCAACCUAGACUAGUGGCAAGAGGGGGUUAUCUUUGGCCUAUGGACCCUAGAAAAGGUCCUCAAAGACCAUUCUUGCCCAGGGGUUACAGCUGGCCCUCACCAUACCAACCAGCCGUUCCUCCACGGAGGCAUGAGGUUCAGAGAGAGCUACAUGGAUGGGUGGGCAUGGGUAAGUCCAGUACAGAUGUAGAUGUUCGAGACAAUAGAGCAGAACCUGGUCGGGCUAGUUAUGCCAGCCAGAGCAGUGGCAGGGGCAGCGUGGGACCUUAUGGGCAUGGGCACCUCCGCCAGUCACUCUCUAUCACUCCCACCUUACUGAGUUCUCCAGAGACUACUGAGGAGAGUGAGAGGCACAAAGCAGAAUUGGACCUGCAAGAGCAGAGGUCAAAAAGAAGGAAUACAUCAGUAGAUGAGAGUUAUGAGUGGGAUGCCACUGAGUGCUCGAUGGGUCUCUUGGAGGCCAUGAAGUUGGAGCAGACAGGAGUGGGGCGAGGCAGAGGGCUCAGGCGAAAUUGGCCUCCCACCAGUGCUGCCUCUCAGGUCUUGCAAGAAAAAGGCUCAUACUCUUCCAUGGCCUCCCAGCCUCCUGUACAUGACUAUGGUCACUCACUGAGUGAGGCACGCUUCAGUGCCCUGAAACAAGAGUUCCAGGAGUACCGCAGAACCAAGGAAUUUUGCUCCCAAGAUCCCUGCUUACCCCCUGACCCUGACUCCGAUUCAGGAUCUGCCCUACUCUAAGUACUCCAGUUUGGACUGUUACCCUCCACUGACCACUCCUCCUCUAGUCAGUGACAUGUCCAUUAUGUUCUGAAUCUAGCUAACAUUGAUGUUUAUAAUAUAGUGACCACUCGAAGAAAUUGCAUUCUUAUGCAUAUUCCUGUUGUGUUUCAGAACUUUCAGAGGAUGGGGACAAUAGCUUUUAAGCACAGUCCUGCCCUCACAAUAGCCUCUGACUGGGAAUACCAAUACACAACAUAUAUAUCCAAUACUUGGACCUAAAGAGGAACCUUCUGAACUUCAGAAUGUUUAACAUGCAACAGUUCAUAUAGUAUAUUGUGAAAUGUAAAAAAUAUAUAUAAAAUUAGCUAAAUUGCUCAGGUGCAUUUUGUAAAACAGAAAAUGCUGGAUCUUCGGUGGCUAAUUUUCCAGUGACUUUGCCUUUUAUUCACAAAUAUAAGCAAAGUGCAGUUUAUGAAAAGCACUCAAAUAAUUUAUCCUUCCUGAUGCGUUUACACUGUGAGACUUAUUGAGGAGCUUUGAUGAAGAACUUAUUAGAAUAAGGUUUUUGUCGGUACUUUGCCUAAACCCAAACACCACUGAACCCUGCUGGCCAUACAACACAGAAGUAUGCUUGGACAAUCACGUUUUAUGGCUUAAAAACAGAAUCAUUCUUGCUUGCCUGCAGUGUCCUGGGACACAGGUGGAAUGACUAUAGAUUGAGUCUGCUCAGUGUAGUCAAUGCUAGUUAAUUCACUGUAUUGUGAACCAGGUAAGAUUUAAAUUGUAAAUAAGCAUUUAUGUUAACUAAAUUGUUACAUCCUCACAUGUACAUGUGUGUACAUGUCUGUGUAAUCUGAUCUAAGGGCAGUUUCCCUAAACAUAGGCUUUUACAAACUGAAAAUGUUAAAAGGAUUGUUUUAAAAAAAAGCAUCCUUUGUUGUGCAGUCCUAAUCCUUUAAUCAUCCACAUUUUUUGAGUCUAAUUAUAAACAAACAGAAUAAGACAUUGACAAAUUGUCAGAUUAAAUGUUUAAUUAUUUAUACUGACGAGCGACUAUCAAAAUGUGUGUGCUGAUUUGUUUAGGUUUUUUCCUUUUGGAGACCCACUUCAGAUAUAGAGGAAAAAAAACCAAAAUAUUCUAUUCUGUUGUCAAAACCUUUCCACUGGUUCAAUUAUCAGUGCAUAGAGUUUGCCACCCUCACUCAGUUCUUUAGGCAAAGGGAUAUUUCCAUAAAUGCUUGCUAAAGCCAGGACUGCUUAAAAGCUUCAAUAAAUAAUUGUGAGACUCAUGUGCCCAAGAACUAGUUCUUUUGAAAACACUGCAGACAUGCAUGCGGUUCAGAUGGCACGGUUGGCUGCCCACCCAUUGCAAAAACCCUUGCAUUUUGCAAACUCACUCUUACAUUUAACUUGUUACGGUGGUAAUGAUUUCCAUAUUGAUCUUAUUGUGAUUUUGUGUGCUGGAUGUAUGCGUGUGAAAAAGUCCAGUAGACAGACAGACACUGUCAUUAUUUUCAAGAACUGCUUGAUAUACGUUUGUCAGCUUAAAGUGUAUCUAUGUUGUAUUGCUUAUAUCGUUGCUCAGUAAGCCACAGUAUACCAGUUUACUUGUUUAGUUUGUUUGUUAUGAUGAACUUUAUGGGUACACAAUGUCACCUAUAUCACUUUCUUUUUCUAUUCCUGUCCUGUCACAUUAGAAAUUCAUUUAGCAUUGGUGUAUAUAUACGUCUUUACUUCAAGACCAUAGCAAAGGGCAUAUUAUGCACUGCAGUGUUUACGCGCAAAUCUUCAGGUGAAUGUGAAAAGUCUGAAAUGUUGCUGGUGAUGCAUGUCUUGUUGCUCAUUGUCAGUCUAGUUUAUUGUCAGUAUUUUGUAUAUACAAUCUUUUGUCAAGAAUUUAUUUUCUUUUUUAGUUGUUUUCCAGACUUUUUACAAUUUUAAAAUAAAUUUUUUAUUUAAGAUACUGCUGUAAAUUUUGUAAAACCUUCAGAUUGUAUGGAUUUUUUGAAAGAUGGUUUUCGAGUUUUGUACAAAUUGGUU